AUGAAUUACUGCAAUAAAAAUGAUUGGGAAACCAAUUUUAUUGGUGGAUAUGGUAUGGUUUAUUCACAACAUACUCAAUGGAAUGAAAGACCAUUUUCAUUUUCUACAAUUGAAUGGGGAAAUUCCAUCACUACUAAAUUCAGAAAAAAUAAAGCUGAAAAAUUUAGAUUAUAUUGUGGUUU